GUGAAAUGGAAGAAAUCGGAUGUCAAGUUUGAAGAUCGAUUUGACAAAUAUCUUGACCCAUCUUUCUUUCAGCACAGAAUUCACUGGUUUUCAAUUUUCAAUUCUUUUAUGAUGGUGAUCUUUCUGGUUGGCCUAGUGUCUAUGAUAUUAAUGAGAACUUUGCGAAAAGAUUAUGCAAGAUACAGCAAGGAGGAAGAAAUGGAUGAUAUGGACAGAGAUCUAGGUGAUGAGUAUGGGUGGAAGCAGGUCCAUGGAGAUGUUUUUAGACCAUCCAGUCAUCCUCUAAUAUUUUCAUCGCUUAUUGGUUCUGGUUGUCAAAUUUUUGCUGUGUCUCUUAUAGUCAUUGUUGUUGCAAUGAUAGAGGAUUUAUACACAGAGAGAGGAUCGAUGCUUAGUACAGCUAUAUUUGUUUAUGCUGCAACAUCGCCAGUGAAUGGAUACUUUGGAGGAAGCCUUUAUGCUAGACAAGGAGGAAGGCGAUGGAUAAAGCAGAUGUUCAUCGGAGCCUUCCUCAUUCCAGCAAUGGUGUGUGGAACUGCCUUCUUCAUUAACUUCAUUGCCAUCUAUUACCAUGCUUCAAGAGCUAUACCCUUUGGAACCAUGGUGGCAGUGUGCUGUAUUUGUUUCUUUGUCAUUCUUCCAUUGAACCUCGUUGGUACGAUUCUUGGCCGAAAUCUGUCAGGGCAGCCUAAUUUUCCAUGUCGUGUCAAUGCAGUGCCUCGUCCCAUACCAGAGAAAAAAUGGUUUAUGGAGCCAGCUGUUAUUGUUUGCCUAGGUGGUAUCCUCCCUUUUGGAUCGAUUUUUAUUGAAAUGUAUUUCAUUUUUACUUCAUUCUGGGCUUACAAGAUCUACUAUGUUUAUGGCUUUAUGAUGUUGGUUCUGGUUAUCCUCUGCAUUGUGACAGUUUGUGUGACUAUUGUUUGUACGUAUUUCCUGCUAAACGCAGAGGAUUACAGGUGGCAAUGGACAAGCUUUCUUUCUGCGGCAUCAACUGCGAUUUAUGUUUACAUGUACUCUUUUUACUACUACUUUUUCAAGACAAAGAUGUAUGGCUUGUUUCAAACAUCGUUUUACUUUGGUUAUAUGGCAGUAUUCAGCACAGCUUUGGGAAUAAUGUGUGGAGCUAUUGGUUACAUGGGAACAAGUGCCUUUGUUCGUAAAAUCUACACUAAUGUGAAAAUUGACUAAGGAAAUAAGAAAAUUGAACUAUGGAUCAGUUCCUGUUUUCAUGGGGAUGAACUUGCACAACAAAAAGCGCGAGAAGAGAUUUGGGUUUUAACACUGGGCACUAUAUGGGUCUCCAUUUUGUGGAUGGCUUAAAGUAACAUCUAUUUCAUUGAUCCUAGGUUCUUACUGACUGCUUUCUCCAACUGUUCACAGCAAAUGCUUGGAUUAUAUGCAGUAGGCAUUACUACAGUACGUGGCUAAUCUUCCCAAAACAAAACAAAAACAAAAACAAAAAACCUAGCUCAUUAAAGAUGAAUAGACUAGCUCUCUUCAGUGAAGAGGACAAACGGUUUAUUUAAAGCAUUUGUUCCAUUCAAUAAAAAGAGGGAAACUUGGCUGCUAAAACUACUUGAUUAGUAGUCUUCCUGGUACUUAACAUUUCUAAAUUAUGUAAAAAUGCCGUUCCAGAAAGAUUACUCUUCUGAUUUUUACUGCCAUUGCCAGGAUAGAAGGUAUGUUUUGUAUUUUGACUCCAGGUGCUUUUUGGUUUAUUUGCGAUAUCAACUAUACCCGACACUCAUUUGUUUAAAAAAUAAUUAAAAAAUAUAUAAAAAACCCCAUAUGCAUGUAAUAUAUCAGCUGUUGUUCUAGUUGGACCAACUUCCCUUUAUUUAUCUUUAAAGUAAUAUCCAGCUACAUCUUAAAUCCAUCCAAAGAAAAUACAAUCUGAAGACGGGAUGUGUUCUCUGCAAUGCAAUUUACUGUACAGUUAGAAAGCAAAAUGUUAAAUGAAGAGGAUUGUUUGGUUUUUUAAUAAACAUUUUGAGGUUUAGAUUAAAACAAAACCAAGAUUUUAACUGAAUGUCUAAAGUGAUUCUCCUUUUUCCCAAGUUAGUCUUGCAUUUUUUUUUGGUUUGGAUUUGAAUGAAGAUUUUCCUUUAGACAUUAUACAAGGGGUAAUAAGUGUAUAUAACAUUAAAUAAUGUAACUUAGGUGUAGAUCCCAAAUGUAUUUGGAUGUACAGAUUUACUACAGAGUACUUUUCUGAUGAUUCGGUGUAAAAAUGUGUGAAUUUGGGUGGCUUUUUACAUCUUGCCUGCCAUUGCAUGAAAAGUUGGGGUUUCUUCACAAUGUGUAUAUGUCAUGCUUUUCUGUUCUAUUUCCUUUCUCAAGCUCUUACAGGAAUUAAAUUUGUAAUUUAGAACAUUUUCAUUUUUGUUAAUCCUGUCUGGACACUUGUGUAACAUCAAAAGCACAGUUGCUUUAGAGUGUUCAGAAAACAAAAAUAAACUUUUCAGACAAAAA